AUGAGCAGGAGCAUUCAUGGACUAUACCAGUACCGCAGGAAGCGGGCCAUGUCACAUCAAGCCCAAGGGGAUCCAGCAAAAGGCGGCUUCUACUCAGCAAACUCUCUGCAACUCACGUGCCAUCCACGUGACCUAGAAGCCUUGCGUGACUUCGUCAACGAGCUCGAGCUCGAGCCGAAGCCAGUUGGAUGGGCUUUCAAUUCUUCUGGUGAUUGCUGUGAAUGGGUGGGAAUCACAUGUGAGUCUUCCUCUUCUUCGCUCCGUUUCAACAUUGCGAGAAUCACAAAGCUAGAACUCGUGAACAGAGAAUUGUCGGGUAGUUUGUCUGAAUCUCUUGGGCUGCUAGAUCAGCUUAGAGUUCUUAAUCUGUCCAAGAAUUCCAUCUUAGGCUCCAUCCCUCCAUCGAUCUAUAAUCUCGAAACUCUAGAUUUGAGCUCUAACGGAUUGAUUGGCCAAAUCCCACAGAGUUUAAAUCUUCCUUCGCUUACAAAUACUCCAAAGGAACAACUUUGCCGGAGUAAUAUACCUAAGGAUCUGUUUCAGCUUCAAAGGUUGAAUCUUUUGGGGAUUCAAGAGAACGGUCUCUCUGGUUCAUUGAGUCCUGCACUUGGAAACCUCUCCCACCUUGUUCAUCUUGAUGUCUCUUCGAAUAGAUUCUUUGGUGAAAUUCCUGACGUGUUCGACAAAAUUCUGGAGCUCGAGUAUUUCGUGGCUCAGUCUAAUAGAUUCACUGGAGGAAUUCCCAGUUCGUUGUCGAGUUCACGGACUUUGAUCCAUCUUAACCUGAGGAACAACUCACUGAGUGGUCCUUGGGGUCUGGAUUGUGCUGUGAUGACUAACUUGACCUUGCUUGAUCUGGGAUCCAAUCAGUUCAAUGUCUCUUUGCUGGAACAUCUACCAUCUUGCAGAAACUUGAGGAAUGUUAAUCUAGCGCGAAACCACUUGGACGGGCAGGUGCCAGAGAGCUUCAAGGACUUCCAUAGCUUGUCCUUUUUAUCCCUUUCCAAUUGCAGCCUCGUUAACAUUUCAUCGGCCCUUCGCAUCCUUCAGCACUGCCAGAACCUGACAACUCUGAUUCUCACUCUGAAUUUCGACAAUGAAAUGCUGCCUGACGACCCAAAUCUUCAUUUCAAGAAGCUAAAGGUAUUUGUUGUAGCAGAUUGUAGGCUUACUGGUUCAAUGCCAAGCUGGUUGAGCAAAAGCAACAAUCUAGAGCUGUUGGAUAUCUCAUGGAACCGUUUAACUGGAGCUAUCCCGAAUUGGAUCGGUGGUUUCACCAAGCUUUUCUACUUGGAUUUGUCGAAUAACUCGUUCGCAGGAGAGAUUCCAAAAAGCUUAACAUGGCUGCAGAGCCUCUCAAGCCGAGAUAUCUCACUCGACGAGCCAUCUCUAGAUUUCACAUUCGUCUACAGAGUAAAUGAGAAUGCAAGACAUCUGCCAUACAACCAGUUUUUCAUGUUCCCACCAACGCUUGAACUCAGCCAAAACAAUCUUUCUGGACCCAUUUGGGAAGAGUUUGGAAAUUUGAAGAAACUCCAUAUAUCAUAUCUGAAUGCCAACAGAUUAUCGGGAUCGAUCCCCAGCUCGCUUUCAGAAAUGACAAGCUUGGAGGUUCUUGAUUUGUCCAAUAACCGCAUUUCCGGCUCAAUCCCGGAAUCUCUGCAGAAACUAACAUUCCUAUCCAAGUUCAGUGUUGCUAACAAUAGUCUCUCAGGGAGAAUCCCUUCUGGUGGUCAAUUUCAAACAUUUCCAAACUCGAGCUUCGAGGGCAACCAUUUUUGUAGUGACUACUGGAGACAAUGUCAAGCAGAUACACCAGACGACAAAAGACCAAGAAGCAGUGAGAAUGACGGCGAUAGUGACAUUGCCUUAGAUUUUACAUAUGGAGUGCCUCUUGGGUUUGGUUUAUCAUUGCUUGUUGUUGCCUUUCGUCAGCAACUAUUCAGCUUUUUAUCUUCACGGCAUCGAGGCUCAUGA